UAAACUCGAAGCGUGUGGUGGGUAGGAGCCUGCCCGCCCACCUCGUACCUCGAAGGCGGCGCAGACAAGCUCAAACCGCGCACCCCGCUCGUUCAAGAGAGCGUCGCGCACCAGAGAUACGCCCACAUAUACUUGAAGAUGAAUGCAUCAGUACGUCGCAGCGUAACUACAGGUACGGACAAGUAAUGCCUCGACGACCUCCUGCGUCAAGCUGUGCCGGCAGGUGGUCAAUCGAAAGACAUCGACCGUCUUCCUACGCCCAUGCGGCCUCGGCGGCCUCAUCCACACAACCAGAGUGUAUACGGCACCGGGGAACGUGUAGACGGGGGGACCCUUACAUACGACGGUGAAAACAUUGUUUCGAGCAUUCCCCCUCACCUACGCAUUCUCCCGCGCCACGCUUUGAUAUCAUCGCGAGGAGGUGGCCGGGAGUCUGCUGCAGACAUGUUGACCUUGGGCACCAGCGUCGCACCGCGCGGCGUUAACAAUCGAACGGCCUAGUUCACGCACUGGAGAGCACACGUACAGCGAGUCUCGAUUGCAACGGAGAAAAAAAAGGGCGCAGGUUCUUCUGCGCUGUGCCUUCGUGGUGUGGAUGGAGACAACCUCGCAGAAAGAGGGAGCAGCCACCCCCGUGAAGGCGACGACCUCGUGUGCCGACGACGCGGCGUGCCGCUUUGAUAUCUGAACACCGCAAUCCAUGCACCAUGGAGCAUAUGCACGGUGAGUUUGAGCGCGAUCCGAGGAGAAAUAUGUGUUGACCUCCCUGCACACCUCGAACCUCGAGGGCGGCGCAGACAAACUCAAACCGCGCACCCCGGUCCAUUCAGAGGGCAUCGCGCGCCAGAAAUACGCCCACAUACACUCGAAGACGACGGCAAGCACCCUCCUCGCGGAUGUCUCCAUUGUGCCGCAGCUGCCGACCCCUGCUUGGGCAUCCUCCGUGCGUGCAGGACGGCACGAAGCCUAAUUUGUGGCCCGCUGCCAAUGCAGCCUCACGGUACGACGGCGGUGCCCACGCACUAGCAGGUCGCGAAGAGGCCGCUCCGCCCAGUGCGCUUGCUUAUGCAGCGUGCGCCUCUUCGGGAGACCUGUCCGUACACGGCGCGUUACCGCCCAUUGCACGUCCGAGUCCCCCGCGUCGCACGGCAGAGACGGCCAAUGUCGCGCUCGCGCGCGGCCGCCACUCUCCAACACCGCGGUGCGCUCUGAGCACACGCCCUUCUGCGGUGCACGCUCCCCAAGACGUCUGCAUUCGAGUCCCUGCGCCCGGAACACCCGGACAAGACACUCGGGCCCGGUACCCUCGAGUAGCGGGAACUCGAAACACACUCCUAUGGACGUAUACACUCGUAUCGUCACACGCUCGGACGAAUGCAGACACGUUUCGUGUCUACAGUCGUUACGAAUUUGAUAUCUGAUUUUCGGCGCUGCGCCCGCAGACAUCUUGACCUCGCUCGCUCACGCCUCGCCGUGCGGCUUUGCAAACUCGACGCCGCGUUCUCAACACCAUGACGCAUACGUGCAGCAAGUCUCAGCGUAGCCGGAGGAGGAACGCACUUGUCACUCCGGCGGGAAGUUCGAGGACAGGCAGAGCCCCCGCACCCCGCGCCCGGGUCGCCCUUUCGGAUGGACGACGACGGUGGUACGAGCGGCGGACGGUCGCUCUCGCAGCGUGUCCAGUCUGCGCCGCAUCCGAAGUACGCGCCGGCUUGCGCCUCGUACGUACUACAGGGGCGUCGUGCAUGCUUAGGCGUUUGGGGCGCGAUCCAAAGACGCACGGAACGUGGUUCGCGAACACGCAAGGUACGUCGAAGCUAUGGCAUCCGUCGUUGGACGUGUAGCAUGCCGCGCGCACUAUACUCGUCCUCAGGCUCGUCUUGUGCACCUCGCAGUGGGGAGCUCGAGCUGGCCGAGCGUAACCGACGAUGUGUGAACGCACGAGGGCGUUCGUCGCCACUUCAUCCGCUUCGCAGUCGAAUGGGGAGUCGGUGGGCGGGCGGGCGCGCCUGGUUUCUUCAGCUACAC